AUGGCCGCAUACACACAAACCAGAUAUGCACUCGUCACUGGCGGCGGUUCUGGCAUCAAUCUUUGCUUUGCUCGACUACUCUUAGAAAACGGGUGCUCAGUCCUAAUAGCCGACCUCAAGCUAAGACCAGAAGCUAAAGAGCUUCUACAACAGUACCCAUUCCCAAGCUCUGAGGGCAAAGCAGGAGUAUUCUUCUAUGAGACCAAUGUAGCAUCCUGGCCUCAACUGACAGCCGCGUGGAACACGGCCUUGGAUAAGUUUCCAAGAGUCGACAUCGUCGUUCCAGGUGCAGGUCUUUUCGAGCCCAAGUGGUCUUCGUUCUGGGAAGCGCCUAGAACAGGGAGUAACCAAGAGAGUGUUUCUCAGGAUGCUGCCGAUGCGGAUCCAGGACACUAUGCUGUCUUGGAUGUGAAUCUAGUGUCUCCCAUUCGGCUCAGUCAGUUAGGUAUUGGGCAUUGGAUCAAAAUGAACCAGAAAGGGUGUCUUGUUCAUGUGGGAAGCAUGGCCGGCUACGGAGCAGGAAUAACAACCCCGUUGUACUUCGCAAGUAAACACGGUUUGCAUGGGUUCGUACGAUCAUUGGGAGGGCUUCGUGAUGAGCUUGGAAUUCGCGUUGGAUGCAUAGCUCCUGGUGCAGUAGCAACUCCUCUCUGGUACGACGACCCUACCAAAGCAGUGAUGCUGGAAGAGGACACAGUUCUCAUCAACCCCGAAGAAGUCGCUCAAGGAAUGUGGCAGCUUGUAGUCAACCCAGAGUUUGGUGAUGGCACAAUCCUUGAAGUGACCAAGGGCGCGACGAGAGUUGUUCCUCUUUUUAAUGCACCAAUUCCUACGGGUGGGGGUAUCUCUGUGCCUGGAUAUGAAUCCUCCAAGGCUGAUUUGUAUGAGAAGCUGAGAAAUGAAGGCUUUGAUGUUUGA